AUACAUAAUAGCAAAAAGAUAAAACGAAAACAAUACGAGUAAAAAGCACAAACAUAUGUAUGAAAUAUCGGAAUGUUGAACACAAAACGCAAAUAAUGAUAAAUGAUGUGUUUAAAUGGAAAUGAACAUAAUUUUUUCUUCCUUUUGACAAACAUGUCGUCGGUGGAAUAAUAUAACAAAAGACACAUACGAAGAAAAUAUAAAAAAAUUUCCCUUUUGGAAAUCAAAAGAAAAGUAAUGAAAAAAAGUGUGCAUGACAAUUUCUUACCAAAAAUUUGUGAAAUAAAAAAAUAGUAAAAUAAUAAGAAAAAGUGAUACAGAAAAAACUAUAAUUGGACAAAUAUUUUAUUUUUAUUUUUCUUUAGUUAAAUUUAAAUUAAACAUUUUAAAAAUAUUUCCACUAAUAAAAAUGAGCAGCUCUGAGGAAGUAUCUUGGGUAACUUGGUUUUGCGGUCUACGCGGCAAUGAAUUCUUUUGUGAGGUUGAUGAAGAUUACAUUCAGGAUAAAUUCAAUUUAACUGGCUUAAAUGAACAAGUACCAAAUUAUAGACAGGCUCUAGAUAUGAUCCUAGACUUAGAGCCUGAGGAUGAACUUGAAGAUAAUCCCUUACAAUCUGAUAUGACCGAACAAGCCGCUGAAAUGUUAUAUGGUUUGAUACAUGCACGUUACAUUUUAACAAAUCGUGGCAUUGCGCAAAUGAUUGAAAAAUAUCAAACUGGUGAUUUUGGACAUUGCCCUCGUGUUUAUUGUGAAAGUCAACCGAUGUUGCCAUUGGGUUUAUCUGAUAUUCCCGGCGAGGCAAUGGUUAAAGUAUAUUGUCCCAAAUGUAUUGAUGUUUAUACACCAAAAUCAUCACGUCACCAUCAUACGGAUGGUGCUUAUUUCGGUACUGGUUUUCCACAUAUGUUAUUUAUGGUGCAUCCUGAAUAUCGCCCUAAAAGGCCUACUAACCAAUUUGUUCCAAGACUUUAUGGCUUCAAAAUUCAUAGCUUAGCUUAUCAAAUACAGCUGCAGGCAGCAGCCAACUUUAAAAUGCCACUACGAGCGAAAAAUUAAUAAAACAUGCACACAAAACAGCAACCAUUAAAUAGAGAAAAAACCUUAAAUUGAAAAGAGUAAACAACAACAUUUGUUGUUCCAAACGUAAAGAAAGAAUGAAUGAAAGAUGCAAAAGUCCCUCUUCUCCUCCCUUUCCCUAAAAAAUACAAACAAACAAAAAAUAUGGUGAACUAUACAUCCAUAAUAUUUUUUACCAAUCAGCUGCAUUGUUAGAGUUUUAUGUUUAAUUUUAAUGAAACACAGGAUUUAAUAAAGAACAAACAACAACAUAAACAUAAACAUACCCAAAACCUUGACUUACUACUUAGAUACUACAAACAUACAAUACAAUACAAUUCUAAUCUAAAUCAACCAAAAAAAUAACAGGAAAUUUUAAAAAUUAGACAAUGUUAAAACAAAAAUCAAGAAGAAUAAAAUGUUUAUACAAGCAACGAAUUUUCAUUUACUUCAUUAACCAGUAAAUAACUGACAGAAAUAUGAUUCCCACACUAUCUAUUUGUUUUAUAUAUAUACAUAUUUGUUUCGCUUUCAUUUCAUUUAACUAGUUUAUUGCUAUUUUGAUUAUUAUUAUUUUAUUAUUGUUUUAAAAAACACCUUCUUGUGCAUUUAGUAUAAGGAUCCUUUUUGGCUGUAUAAAGAAAAACAAAAAUCAAAUUAAACACUUUGUGUCAUUAACUGAACAUUAUAUCAAUCAUUUCUCAUUAUUACCAAUAACAUUCAAACACAAUAAUAUGCCUGAACAUUAAAAACAAAAAAACGAAAAACCAAUAAAAUUAAAAUGUUAAUAAACUAAAAAUGCUAUAUAUGAAGGAAUUCAAUCAACAUUUGCUAAAUCUCCAUCUCUAGAAACAAGGAAAUCCAACACUUCCACCACCAUCAUCAUCAGCACCUGUAACUGUAAAAUAAAACAACCAGCCAUUUAUCUAUCAAUCAAACAGUCUUAUCUAUCCGUACUUUGUAUGUUACAAAAUGUCCAUCAACAUUUAUUUACAUAUAUGUAUUGUGUUUUGUGUGAAAACCCUCAGCGCACAAUAUCCAAUGAAAUAAAUAAAAAAACAUACAUAUAAAAAAGUUAAAAAAGCUUGCUUGAAUGUAAACAAAAACAAAGAUUAUCCCAAGAUUUGAUGUACUGUACUUGUAUGUAUCAAUCACAUAGAGUAAUUUAUCUCUAAAUGUAUCAAUAUCAUUAACAUUAUAAUCAUGAUCAUCAUCUAUCUGUUCAUUUAAACAAAAUAAUAAUAAUAAAAAAAUAAUAUUUAGUUUAUUUUCCAUUUUUAUAUUUUUUAUGUACCACUUUUUUUUAUUGUCAAUUAGUGUACUUUACAUUUUUCUCUUUUGUUUUACAAAAUGAAUUUUUCAUAAAUAAUUUAAUAUGAACAAUAAUUAAAAAAUAAUAAUUAAAAAACAAAUAAUAUUUAAAAACGAAAAAAAAAAUAAAAUUAAUCAUACAUACUUAGUAA